AUUAAGAAAAGCUAUUGGAAUAGGAGAAAGAGACCUCAGUAUAGAACUGUGUUCAAUUCCGAAUACAAGGGAAAGGGGGGAUUUAUAGCCAAGGAGCAGAGGGGAGGGAUGGAUGGAGGGAAAAUUUCUAGGAGGAAACAUCUGGGGCAAGGGAGUUUGGGCUCAAAGACUAACGAGAUUCUUGGGAUGAUGCGAGCUGAGAAACCCGGUCAGAUAGUGAGGGUGAGCAGAUAUCCGGGUUUGGGAGUCUGGCUAAACCAAAUCAGGAUUUUUGCUGAAAUUGGGCAAGGCAAAGAUAGAAGUGCCAAAGUUGAAGAUUCAAGGGAGUCUGACUUAAGUUUGGUCAGGGGGAGAUGGCUGUCACAGGGAGGAAAAGCAAGUUUCUCCAAAGUGGACUGGGUUCCCUUAGCAGCCUGUGGGUUCUGGGGAGAAGGGGAAGACGGAGAGGAAGGCGCUGGGUGGCGAAAGGUUUGCAACCCAUGGGACUCGGGGCGGGGCCAACCUCUGCCUGGCGUUGGGCCUCACGUGUGGGUUGGGCGGGUCAGGCGGAUGCCCGCUCCCUGUCCCCCAUUCCCAAGCCUAUAGGGAUGGAGGGAGAGCUCGCCCCACCCCUCGGUGGGCGCCUCCCAGCUCGGCUUGGGUCUAUGGAGGAAAAGCUGCGUGGCCCCUCGGUUCUCAUGGCCGCAGCUGCCUGCGGCACCAAGGCCAUGUCCCUUUUUAAGCGGACCUUGGUGCUCAGCCCCGCCGCUGCGCCCAGGGGCACGGGCAUGUCCCCGCGCGGCUGCCCCUUGCCUUCUGCUGCAUGGCCCUCCAAGGACUGGGCACGGGGCGAGGGUGUCUGCAGCAGGCUGCGGAGCUCGACGGCCGCCGGCCUCCUGCCCCAGUCCCACUCCUGCUCCUCCACGUCUCCCACCUCCGCGUGUCUUAUCUGCCCGCAGGACUCGCUCAGCAGCAGCUUGAAAACUUGCUACAAGUAUCUGCAUCAGACCAGUCGCAGUUUCGCAGCUGUUAUCCAGGCGCUGGAUGAGGAAAUGCGCAAUGCAAUAUGCAUAUUUUAUCUGGUUCUCCGAGCUCUGGACACCCUGGAAGACGAUAUGACCAUCAGUAUAGAGAAAAAGGUCCCACUGCUACACAACUUUCACUCUUACCUUUAUGAACCCGACUGGCGGUUCAUGGAGAGCAAGGAGAAGGAUCGACAAGUGCUAGAGGACUUCCCAACGAUCUCCUUUGAGUUUAGAAAACUGGCUGUAAAAUAUCAAACAGUGAUUGUCGACAUUUGCCAGAAAAUGGGAUUUGGGAUGGCAGAGUUCUUGAAUAAGCACGUGACAUCUGAACAGGAGUUGGACAAGUACUGCCACUAUGUUGCUGGACUGGUGGGAAUUGGCCUUUCUCGUCUGUUCACGGCCUCAGAGUUAGAAGAUCCCGUAGUUGGUGAAGACACAGCGUGUGCCAACUCUCUGGGCCUGUUUCUGCAGAAAACAAACAUCAUUCGUGAUUAUCUGGAAGACCAGCAAGAAGGAAGAGAAUUUUGGCCUCAAGAGGUUUGGAGCAAGUAUGUCAAGAAAUUGGGUGAUUUUGCUAAGCCAGAGAAUAUUGAUUUGGCUGUGCAAUGUCUGAAUGAACUUAUAACCAAUGCCCUCCACCACAUCCCAGAUGUCAUCACCUACCUUUCCAGACUUAGAAACCAAAGUGUGUUUAACUUCUGCGCUAUUCCACAGGUAAUGGCCAUUGCCACUUUGGCUGCCUGUUAUAAUAAUCAGCAAGUGUUCAAAGGAGUCGUGAAGAUUCGAAAAGGACAAGCGGUAACCCUAAUGAUGGAUGCCACCAACAUGCCAGCUGUCAAAGCUAUGAUAUACCAGUAUAUGGAAGAGAUUUAUCAUAGAAUCCCCAACUCAGACUCAUCUUCUAGUAAAACAAGGCAGAUCAUCUCCACGAUCAGGACACAGAAUUUCCCCAGCUGUCAGCUGAUCUCCCGAAGCCACUACUCCCCCAUCUACCUGUCAUUUGUCAUGCUCUUGGCUGCCCUGAGCUGGCAGUGUCUGAGCACACUGGCCCAGGUCACAGAGGACUACGUUCAGACUGGGGAGCACUGAUUUGGAAUUGGUCUGGAAGCCGAAGCUCACCAUGAAAUGGACUGACCGUUUUUUCAAGGAAUGAUAUCAGCUUCCCCCUCCUUUUCUUCCCCUCCUGCUUUAAUCCUACAAGAUUCGGGCCGGGCAUUGAACCACUGUUGCUCAGAGC